CUUUUGCAUAACAUAUAUUGCAAAACAUAAAUUGAAAGAGUUCUUUGAGAAAAUCCUUCAUUGUGUCAUUUAUAGAAAGUCUGGUCUGUCUAGUCUGGGUCCUGCUUCUUCAGCUUUACUCUAUUGGCCACGUCUCAAAAUUAGCAACGGCGUAUGACAGUACGAUUGCGAUACACAGUCUUACACAAAUAAACCUGAACUCCGAUGUUUUCCCCCACAGGUCGUAAGUUUGUCAUCGCCAACGCCAGGGUGGAGAACUGUGCCAUCAUCUUCUGCAACGAUGGCUUCUGCCAUAUGUGUGGUUAUUCCCGGGCUGAAAUCAUGCAGAAGCCGUGCACGUGCAACUUCCUGUAUGGACCUGACACCAAGCGACUAGCUAUAGCCCAGAUGGCGCAGGCCCUGCUCGGGUCAGAGGAGCGGAAAGUGGAGAUCAACCUCUACCGCAAAGACGGUCAGUGCUUCCAGUGUACGGUGAAUGUGGUGCCGGUGAAGAAUGAGGACGGUCUGGUGAUUAUGUUCAUCCUCAACUUCGAGGUCAUGGCAGACGAAACGCUUCACGACUGCAACGAGGAGCUGAACCACCGCCUCCCCACCUGGCUUGUCACAGGUCGUCCACGUGGUUUUAAGCUGCGUCUUCCUCUGAUGCGCUCACUCUCCAACAGCAAAGCGUCUCUGGACGACGCUGAGGUCGGUCAAAUCCCCACUGCGACGCCGUUACCACUGCACCCACAUAACCACAGUCGCGAGUCCUUGGGCCUCGGGGAGUUCCUGACCUUGCCACCUUUACCGAAAGACCAAGAGCAAAUAAGUGGAAGCAGGUCGGCCCUUCAGAGUUGGCCCGAAGACCGCCAAGAGGACCAGUGCACCCUGCUGGGCUCUGGGCCUCCUGUACCACCUUCUUCUCACGGAUCCCACUUGGUUGGCCCCCUAACCCAGUCAUCGCCCUGUGUAGCCGGACGUCACCGCCUCAGCCUUAACCCGGACGCAUCGGGCUCUAACUGCUCUUUGUCACGCAGCCGCUCGCGGGAAAGCUUUCACAGCAUGCGGCGCGCAUCUUCCGUAGACGAGAUCGAAGCGAUGAGGCCCGACUGGGAACGAAAGAAUCGGAGAGCGAGCGUCCGGCCGGGCAGCACUGGUGCAGUGAACAGUAAAUCCAACAUACUGAACUCCACUUCGGACUCUGACCUCAUGCGAUACCGAGCCAUCUCUAAAAUUCCCCAGAUCACACUGAACUUCGUGGACUUCAAACCCGAUCCGUUAAUUGCACUGCCCACAGGGGAGAUGGACAUCAUUGCUCCUUGCAAACUCAUCGAUCGGACGCACCAUGUCACGGAGAAGGUCACACAGGUAGGAGACAGUUCUUGUAUCUAAGUGCGUGGAGUGCUGGGGUGGAUAUGUUGUGCUCGAGACUGUCGGGUGAGCAGUGGCGCUAUAUGUGUGGGUUUGCGAGGUAGGACGAUUCCCAGAACCCCUGACUGAUAGGGGGCCCGAAAAUAUUUAUUUGAGACACGUAUCCUUCCAUGGGGCCCAGAAAAUUCUAGAAGCGCCCCUGCAUUUGAGAGCGGCGUUUGUGCGUAAGAGUGUGAAACUUCUACAGAUCUCCCAUUACCUUAGUAAGUGGAACUAGUUUCAACCAGUUUAUUUGUGGUACUUCUACAUGUGAAAAAGGAUGGA